AUGGACGGCUUCACCAGAAUGCGCAAGGGCAAGCUCCAUAGCGAAUACGAGGACUCCUUCCAAUUCCGCGGACGUUCCAAAGACGAAUUACGGCGCGCACCCGCGUCGCACAAGCAAAAGACACAGCAACCCUACACCCCACAAAAUAGCGCAUGCAAACCCAUCGACCCGUCAAUGUACAAGCGUGAAGAGCCGGAGGAGGAUGAGGAGGAGGUUGGCCCGCGUCAUGUGGACCCCGACCACUUCCGCUCCACUGCGCAGGAGGCGUACAAGCCGAUUGACCCGGCUGAGUACAAGCGCGAUCAGCCGGAGGAGGACGAGGAGGAGGCUGGUCCGCGCCAUGUGGACCCCGACCACUUCCGCUCCACCGCGCAGGAGUCGUACAAGCCCAUCGAUCCGUCGGCGUACAAGCGGGAUGGUUCAUUGCCAAAGGAUGAGGAGGUUAAAGUGCGUCGUACUGAUCCUUCUGCGUACAAGAGUGUGAGCCAGGAGUCGUUUAAGCCUAUCGAUGCGUCGGCGUACAAGCGCGAUCAGCCGAAGGAGGAUGAGGAGGUGGUUGGUCCGCGUCACGUGGACCCCGACCACUUCCGCUCUACUGUGCAGGAGUCGUACAAACCCAUCGAUCCGUCGGCGUACAAGCGCGAGCAGCCGGAGGAGGAUGAGGAGGAGGUUGGCCCGCGUCAUGUGGACCCCGACCACUUCCGCUCCACUGCGCAGGAGGCGUACAAGCCUAUCGAUCCGGGGGCGUACAAGCGCGAGCAAGAGGAGAAGACUGAGGGGGAUGCGAGUAGUCGUGUUCCUCCUUUUAAGGUUCCGCCCCGUCGGUCGAAUCGUAAUGUGCUUGGUAGUGGUCGGUCUUGCUUGCCGACAGAAAGGCGUGAUGGUGUUCCGAUGACGGGUCGGUCUUCUGUUGGGAAGGGCUCUCAGACAGCGCGGAGUGUUGUUCCAUUUUCUGCGAGGUCAAGUGCUUCUCAACCUUACGAAGCCAAAAAGUUGCCUGAAUCGAAGGCCCCUGGUGCAGGUGGUUACAUGUGUCCUUGUCAUGCAGAUCCUGAUUUCUAUUCAAGUACGACUCACGCUGAUUUUAAGGCUCACAAUGUAGUUCCGAAAAUUGAGCCGAAAAGGGGUUCUGUGCCUAAGGACAAAGUCUUGGAGAAUCGUACUUUUGCAUCUGAGUACAAGAGUAGAUUCCUCCGGCCGGAACCACAGGCUUUGCCCCGUCCAGUGGUUUCAGCGCCAGUGAAGGUGCGUCACAUGGAUCCUUCGAUGUAUACUACAACCAACAAGGCAGUGUUUUGUGACCAUUGGAAGGACCAAUAA